AUGUCUGGGAAGGCUGUCCAGUUUCCACUCAUUGAUAUCAGCGGAUACAUCAAUCCGUCUUCACCUGAAGAAAGGGCCCAAGUCGUUGCACAGAUUCGAGAUGCAUUCAAGACCUAUGGUUUUUUCCAGUGCACAGGUCAUGGCGUGCCCGUGAGCCUACAACGUGAAAUGUUUAAGAGCCUAGAGCGGUUCUACAAUCUGCCCAAGGAAGAGAAAAUGGAGAUUUCUGUUCACAAAAGUCCUUGCCGCCGAGGAUACGAAGCUUCCGGUGUCCACAGCCGAGACGGUAAGGCUAUACCGGACGCAAAAGAGUCAUACUAUUUCUGCGAGGAUGACCCCAAGGUCGAGAUGGGCGGUAUUUACGGCCCCAACCAGUGGCCCUCCCUUCCUGAAGACGAGUUCCGCAAGCCAAUCUGGGAGUAUUACAGAAAGACAUCUGCUAUGGGAAAGUUGCUCUGGGAGAUUCUCAUUGAAGGCCUUGAUCGUUCCCCAAGCACAAUGGAGCGCUUUUCCAAACGCCCCUUGAUAGGUAUGAACUUGCUCCGCUAUCCGGCUCCAGCAGAUACUUUGGAGGGACAGUUUGGUCUCGGCGCGCAUAACGACUGGGGCGGUAUCACUGUGUUGCUCCAGGAGCCUGGCAAAGAGGCUCUCGAAAUCUGGCUCGACGAUGAGAAGGAAUGGGUUAGUGUUCCUGCCGUGGAAGACAGAUUUGUUAUCAACUGUGGGGAUAUGCUUUCCGGAUGGUCUGGAAAUGUGUACAAGGCCGUACAUCACCGAGUGGUCAACAAAGCUCCAGUGGAGAGAUACUCGGCCGUUACGGCCUGGCAUGGCGACAUUUUUGCCACCAAUCCGUUUGAGGAAGCUGGCACAAGCAAGGAGACUGUUGGUCACCUCUUUGUCAAGCGUUUCCAGAAGCAGAUGAAGCCUAGCAAGCAACUCUUGGCAGCUAUUGGAGUCGAGGCCUAG